AUGUCUCAUGCGGGGGAUGUUCUUGCUGAUGGUCAGCAACUCCGUCCUGGGUUGGGUUUUUCUCAUAUUGAAAGAAGAAAAAAAAUGAGAGUUGGAAGCAUGACGAGACAAAGACACCAAGUGAACAUUUGACCAAUUAUGAUUUAGACACGUUUGCAACGCACCAUGGCGAUAAGGGAGCUCAAAGUGUGCCUUUUGGGGGACACAGGAGUCGGCAAGUCCAGCAUUGUCUGCCGCUUUGUGCAGGACCACUUUGACCACAACAUCAGCCCCACCAUAGGAGCGUCGUUCCUGACCAAGACAGUGCCGAGCGGAAAUGAACUACAUAAAUUCCUCAUCUGGGACACGGCGGGACAGGAGAGGUUCCACUCGUUAGCACCUAUGUACUACAGAGGAUCGGCGGCGGCUGUCAUUGUGUAUGACAUCACUAAGCUGGACUCGUUCCAGACACUGAAGAAGUGGGUGAAGGAACUGAAGGAGCACGGGCCCGAGGACAUUGUUGUCGCCAUCGCAGGGAACAAGAACGAUUUAGGAGACAUCAGGGAAGUACCCAUGAAGGAGGCCAAGGAGUUUGCCGAAUCAAUCGCUGCCAUCUUCAUCGAGACGAGCGCCAGGAACGCUGUCAACGUGGAGGAGCUCUUCCAGAAAAUCAGCAAACAGAUUCCGCCGCUGGAAAAUCCCGACACGGAGAUCAACCAGUCUUUCAAACUGACCCGGCAGCCGGCUCUGUCCAGCAGGAAGUGUUGCUAGUCGUGCUGCGGCACUGCUUUGCUGAACAAAACACUUCCACUUUCAGUAUUUCUCAAAUGCCGUCCUCUGGUGGCGUGAGGCUGAAUUGCAACCCCAGUCUGUACGGUAAAGUCCAGAGCUUAUUACGUAGAAAGGAACAAGUGGUAGAAAAUGGAUAGCUGGAUGGAAUACUUACACCACUUUUCCCUUCCCUCAAAGCACUGUGGCUCUUAAACGGUAGCAGUUUUGAUCCUAAUUCCACUUUUAUUUGUACAGAAUGUAGCACAGGUGCAGCCUUUUAUUCCGCUAAUUUGAUGUUUUUAAGGGUUUUACCAAUGCUGCUCACAAUAACUGUCAUGGUGGUUACAGUAUAGCGCCCCCUGCUAAAAUACUGUAAGCCUUCACCUAAUAGAAUUGUUUACAUUGACUCAUGUGCCUUGUGUUUUCACGACAGGGACCAUGUGCGUCUUUCCAUGUGUUGUUACCCAAAAAGUGUUCUACAUUCUACUUUUUUGUACGAUUAAGCAUGUGGAAAGUCUUUUAGUGUCAUAAAACAGGGGUGUCGAACGUACGGCCCGGGGGCCGGAUCAGGCCCGCGAACGGGUGUUAUCCAGCCCGCGGGAUUUGAUUUGAUUUUUAUUAAGGAUCUCUAUUAGCUGGUUGCCACAACAACCCACUAGUCUUCCUGGGGUCCACAAACUCAAUACAAUUAAAACAUAUAAUUGUAACAGAAACAAUUAAAAGCAUCAAUAAAAAAAACAAGCAAACAAUUUACAGUCACAGGAUAAUAAUUACCAUACAAAUAUAACUACACAAUACAAAACCAAACAAAAAUCAUCAAUAAGCAAACUAAUUUACAGACUCAGAUAAGUUUGCUAAGUAUAAAAAUGAACCUGAAAUUUUUGAAUGAAAGAAACAGUUGUUCUAAAUGUGUCCACUAGAUGUCACAAUAGCAAUUCUUUGUAUUUUUGUAGAUCAGUGGUUCUUGACCUGGGUUCGAUGGAACCCUAGGGGUUCGGUGAGUCGGGCUCAGGGGUUCGGCGGAGGUCAAGACACACCCGACUCAUCGUGUAAAUAAAAACUUCUCCCUAUCGGCGUAUUACGGAUACAACAACAGCAGAAGUCAGACUGAUUUGCAGGUGUGUCAUUUGUUGUGAGUUUAUGCACUGUGUUGGUUUUGUUGUUUGAACAAGGUGAUGUUCAUGCACGCUUCAUUUUGUGCACCAGUAAAAAAAACACUUUAGUAUGGGGAACAUAUUCACCAUUAAUUAGUUGCUUAUUAACAUGCAAAUUAGUAACAUAUUGGCUCUUAACUAGUCAUUAUUAAGUACUUAUUAAUGCCUUAUUCGGCAUGGCCUUAUUAUAACCCUAACCCUAACCAAAUAACUCUAAAUUAAGUCUUUGUUACUUAGAAUAUGUUCCCCAUACUAAAGUGUUACCAAAAACAUAUAACUUUGUCUUGAAUUUGAAAAAAACAACAUUUUAUUUUUCACUAAAGAAGGGUUGGGUGAAUGCGCGUAUGAAACUGGUGGGGUUCGGUACCUCCAACAAGGUUAAGAACCACUAUUGUAGAUGAUGCUACAUACAUGUAUGUACAGAAAAAUAAACCACAUGAUGAUAGUGCACCAGUCGAGGAAAAUAAGCAAACUACAUAAAUAACAUCCUGUAAUUUGAUUUUGAUAGUUUUUUUAUCUUGAUAGAUUGAAAAUAAACACCAAUGAGUUGACUGAUUAACAUUACCACAUAAUUUAUUCAGAAAAUAAAAAUAACGACAAAUAAAGUAUAUGUGCAAUUAACAGCAACAGGUAAUUGUAAAAACAAACAAACCCAACAACAUUAGGAUUUGUACACUUUCAGAAUGUGCUUGUUCUAUUUUCAAACAAAGACUAUCUUGAUAGAUUGAAAAUGAACACCAAUGAGUUGACUGAUUAACAUUAGCACAUAAUUUAUUCAGAAAGUAUAAAUAACGACAAAUAAAGUAUACAGUUUGUACUUUUUCCUUGCCCUGAUGUGGGAUCUGAACUGAGGCUGUCGUUGUGGCUUGUGCAGCCCUUUGAGACACUUGUGAAUUAGGGCUAUAUAAAUAAACAUUGAUUGAUUGAUUGAUAUUAACCGCAACAGGUAAUUGUAACAAAAAACGUUAUGAUUUGUACAAUUUCAGAAUGAGCUUGUUCUAUUUUUAAACAAAGAAAACAAUCUGAAGUUGUCUUUAUUUUAAAGUUAUUGUGCCGUGAUUUUACCAGUCCGGUUCAUUUGGGAGUGGAUUUUCCUCCCAUGCGGCCCCCAGAUGUAAAAUGAGUUUGACACCCCUGUCAUAAACUAACAUGUUAUACUGUAUAUGAGGCAGGUUUUUGCAGCAAUCCUGCGUCCUCUGGCCACAUUUCAUCACGUUCUCAUCUCAUAGAUGCUGAAACUCAUUGAGCUUACAAGGGGAUCACACCAGGUGGCCACCAAUCAGGUGGGAGCGGAGCUGCACAUUACCUGGUAAAGAAGUAAAUGACUUUACAUUCAGUGCCUUUUUUUUCUGGCAAGAAUCAUGCAUGCUGUUCUUGUAUCCUGUGUAACUUCUUUAUGUAAUUAAUCAAUGUAAUAAAAUUGUGAUUAUUCUA